AUGGCUAGCCCUACUGUCGAAGAGAUCGCGAAGCAAAUCCGAGCCAAGGACCCGGCCUCGGCCGUCGUCCUCGAGCGCUACAUUGCGGAGACGGACCAUCUGAAGAACACUGUUCAGGCCAUUGUCGAGGACAUUGGCUAUUGCAUGAAGGAACUCGACCUGCGUGAGAAUCUGUCCGAGGGACUGCGUCGUUGCUCCACUGAUCUUUCUCGCUCUGUUGAGGAGCACACCAAGGUCACCGAUUCGGACUACGAGCGCAACUUCCGACCCCGAUUCACUUGCAGGAUCAUUAGCCUCAAGUGCAUUGACGCGACUGAGAAGGCCGGUCAGGAAGAAGCAGCCAAGAUGGAGAUGGUCGUCCAGUUCCCGGCUGCCGAGUACAAUGACUCGCCUCACUCUCUGAUGCCGGGUCAGGCUCAGAUCUACAUCAUGCUGAAGGAGGAGCUUUAA